CCCUUUUCCUUCAUCUCCUUUCUUCUUGCGCCCCUUUAGCUGCCAUGGCCGUUUUCCAGUCCGUCGUUCUACCUCCUAAGUCUGUUUGGGUUUGGUGGGCAGACAACUCUAAGUACUGGAAGGUGUCUCCUAUGCAGAACUCACGGUUCUCACAAAAAGCAGAGCUCUUACAAGUCUGCUGGCUGCAAGUCCAGGGCACGUUUGAUACGGCAAUACUCAACAAAGAUACAACAUACUCACUCCUCUACUUCUUCAAACACAAUGAUAGAGCAUCAGGUUUAGAAGACGGAACGGAGGUUUCUCUGACAGAAAGAUGGGAAGACGAUCUGCAAACGCCAAGUGCAUCUGAAACCCGGGAGCUCCGACUUCAUAAAACAGGAUGGAGAAGAAUGGCUAGCAAUUGAGGCGGGGACGUUUCAGCCAUCUGGCAUUACUCGCGAGAUCAGUUUUAAUCUGCUGGAUUGCAGCAGUAACUGGAAGAGUGGUCUCGUGUUUGCUGGAGUGGAGAUUCGUGCUGUCUCCACUUGAUCUUUAUAAGAACAAGAACACAACUUUGGGUCGGGGGUCCUAUAGCGUCUGUUUGCUGUCACGUACCGACCUAUAUUGUCGUGUUGUGUUUGUAUGAUGGUAAUAAAGUGGGGAUGUAUAGACCCACAUUGUAUUAGAUUUGUGUAUUUUAGAUUUCUGUGGAUUCCAAAAUCACCAAGUCCAACAAACAUGGAUUUUGGGUCUUAGACCAACUGGUACUGCUUGUUUGUGAUCGUGUGUCAUGCUGUUUCUUGAGAAAUAAAGUGAAUCAUUGGUGUUCUUAAUUUGCA